UCAGCAAUGCGGGACAGUCGAGCAGGGGAUGUAUGUACAGCCGUGGGAGCAUUGUGGUCUGUUGUGUGUUCUGGCCUCUAUUGAUAUAACCAGGGAUCGUCAACACAGACAAACAGCUCAGUUGUACGCAGGUCGUAAGGGAUCGUUACGUGUGGGUCUCUCAGUCCUACCUGAGACCUAGAACAGGCUGGCCAGAGUGAGCAGCAGGACAAUGAUGUACCGUCACUUACGGGCAUGAGAGAAUUGUGAGGGCGGUUUUUCGUCGAGAGACGUCAACAUGAGGCCACCUUCUCUCAGGUCUGUGUUAGGACUUGUGGCCGGCGUCUUUCUCUUUCUUCAGGUUGGUCUGAUUAUGAGGAACGGUUGUGAUGUGGAUGUAUUUUCUCGUGUCAGAGGCUCGGCAAGUAACUGUUCGUCCCUGGACAGCUACUCAAAGGCUCAGUCUGACAACCUUGUCCAACGCAAAGAAGAAAAUGUGGACAAGACAAAGGAAGCCCGGCGAAUCAUGUCCCUGUCUCGGAUGGAAUUUAUUGAGCGAAGUGUGGACGAGAAGCUUGAUCAUGACAGAGCCCGGAUAUAUGGGAACCCGAGGAAAACGGAAAGUUACUUGACCAUUGGCAUUCCCAGCAUACGCCGUCAAAACGUGACGUAUUUGGAGGGUACAGUGGAAUCUCUCGCCCACCAGGCGUCCACGCAAGACAGGAAGGACAUUGUUGUCGUGGUUUUCUUGUCUGAUUUCGACGAAUCGUACAAGAUGGCGACGGCGAAAAAACUGAGAGAUAGGUUUUUAAAGGAGAUCGAGGAAGGAUUUUUGCACAUCAUCCAAGCACCAAGAUCAUUUUACCCAGAUUUGAAUAACCUAGAAAGGACGUUCAAUGAUCCAGAAAACCGGGUGAAGUGGCGUUCCAAGCAAAACUACGACUAUGCCUACUUAAUGAAGUAUUCUCAACCGCUAGCUCGAUAUUAUAUGCAACUGGAAGACGAUGUGGUGACAGUAACAAACUAUCUGUCACAUAUAAAACACUACAUAAAGGGCUUGAAAUCAAAGCAUUGGUCUUGCCUGGAAUUCUCCGACUUGGGAUUCAUCGGCAAGCUUUUCCCUUCAGAAGACAUUGGCAGAUUAGCCAAAUUUUUGAUUAUGUUUUUUGACCAACAACCCGUUGAUCUCCUUUUUCCGUAUUUUUAUAGACUUAUGACUCAGGGCAAGCCCAUUGUAAGUCGACCCUCACUGUUUCAACACAUGGGCGCCUUGUCCUCAUUUAACGGUAACAAAAACCCUUUGAAAGAUCGUUAUUUCAUGUCCGCAAAGAAGCAGCUGAAGGGCGAUAAUCCGUCAGCCCAGUUGUUUACCAGCAUAGAAGCCUUUGAAGAUUAUACAAUCGAGCGAGCCUAUAGUUUGGAAGACGCUUUAGGCUUCUUUUGGGGGAAAACCCCGAAAAUAAGGGACACAGUUCAUAUAGUAUUCCAAGAAUCACAAUCUAUAGACAAACUUGUCGUGGUAACUGGUAAUACAGAACAUCCAGGCGACAGACUGGGUGAUGGUGUGAUAGAAAUGGGAGAGACUGUUGAGAGGGUGGACGGUAAAGACCCAACGUGCAGGAACAUGCAAGAAGUGGGUAAAUUCCAAGAGGGCGUAGCCAAACUGAAAUCCCAAGUGCCUUUCAAAGUGAUGUGUGUACGAAUAACCGUUGGGCAAGAUCAAAAGACGUGGCUGAUCAUCAGCGAGAUCGCAGUAUUUUUGCGUAAAUAGAUCAUUUGGUCUGGAUUACGCCGUUCUAUGGACAAAAUAAAAUUUGUCGUCUUCUACACGUGCUUUAAUUAAUCAGGGUUAAUUCCGGCCAUUCCAGUGAUUGUGUGACUACUGUUUCCUGUGUGAUAUGAAACUAGGCGAUAUCUAUAUUUUAUUUUUCUUGAGCACAUUGACGGAACAGUGAAUCUGUAUGACUUCAACUGCACGCUUGACUGUAAAGUAUUAUGAAAUUAGUUUACAAGGUGUCUUAGCUGUUGUGUAAAUGCGUCAUGUGGUCAAGUCUAUUGUAAUUUUAUGACCUCAUUCAGCAAAAUUGCCCCAAUAUGGCUGGACUAUUGUGUCUUUUAGGCCGAAGCCGGGCCUCCGUGCCUAGUACGAGUUAAAACUCCAAUCAAAUAAAUAAUUAAAUAAAUCUUAGGCCGAAGAAAAUUGGCCCUUGACCGCAUGAGGUCGUAUUCAGCUCUCGCUGGUGAAGCGCGGCUUUAAGUGACAAAGUUUGUCAGGCAGCUGCAAACGAUCACUUUCAGUCUCCGAUAGACCAGACUGCAGUCGUUGUAGUAAAAUAUUCAUCAGAACGGUGUUAAAAAUAACAUUUUCAUGACUACAAAUGUAAAUGCAUUUAGACGUCAUCUUCACUUAAAUCUAAAAAUACAUGUACAAUCAAAACAAUUCCUUCGAGAUAAAACAUAUCAUAUCGCUUUUCGUAAAAUAUCAGUGAUAAUAUAUUUAAAAAAAGCAAGGUUAAGAUAAAACAUAUGAUACCGCUUUUCGUAAAAUAUCAUUGAUAAUUUAUUUUUAAAAAGCAAGGUGAACAUAAAACAGCCGGCAACCUGCGGAUGGUCGUGGGUUUCCACCGGGCUCUGCCCGGUUUUCACCCAUCAUAAUACUGGCCGCCGUCAUAUAAGUGAAAUAUUCUUGAGUACGGCGUAAAACACCAAUCAAGUAAAUAAAAUACAUCAAGAUAAAACAUAUAUCGCAUUUCAUUAAAUCUCUGAUAAUAUAUUUAAAAAAGGCAAGGUCGUUUAUACAAACUUAUGUUGUAAAACGUGUUGUCUACACGUUCUUUUGUUCCGGUAUUAGAUUAAUGAUGAUAGGCUGAGGGGUUCUAAUUAAGUGUCAUCACGUCUGCAUAUACGAGUAGAACUCGACUUGUGUAUAUAUAUGGCAUAUAAACGAGUAUGGCAUGUAAGGCCAGCUAUAUGCUUGACUGCAUCUCGACAUUCAUGUAACUCUGUUUAUACGCACAGGAUUUUGUUGUUUUGGGUUUUUUUUUACCAUUAAAAGAACGUUAAAAAUACAAAACAAUGUUGGAGUAAAAAUUAACAAUUCGCUAAUGCAUUAUUUGAUAUUCUGUUUGUCCUCAGUGGCCUAGUUUUUAGUUUAUUUAUUUAUUUGAUUUGUGUUUUACGCCGUACUCAAGAAUAUUUCACUUAUACGACGGCGGUCAGCAUUAUGGUGGGUGGAAACCGGGCAGAGCCCGGGGGAAACCCACGACCAUCCGCAGGUUGCUGGCAGACCUUCCCACUUACGGCCGGAGAGGAAGCCAGCAUAAGCUGGACUUGAACUCACAGCGACCGCAUUGGUGAGAGGCUCCUGGGUCAUUACGCUGUGCUAGC